CUCCCAUGUAGAAUUUGACCCCACUACUUUCAGAUCCAACCAUUUCAUUCGUCAAUUUCACAAAGCUACAGCGCAGCGGCAGGCAAAGCAAUCAACAAUUUUUUUGUUUGUUCGCAUCGAUCAUCGCGAAUUCAGUUGCGAGGUCGACUUGAAAGGCCCAUUCAGUUCGCAACCACCACGCGCCGCCGCCAAUUGCCAGUCACCCCCGCGGUCGCCAACACCACCCAGUCGCCCAUCAUGUCUCAAUCAGUAGCCGGCUCGCCACCACCCACAAAGUCCGAGAAGAAGCACAAGGACAAGAAGCGCUCCAGAGAAGAGGCCGAAGAGGUCCCCGCCGUUGAAGAUGCCCCCAAGAAGCACAAGAAGUCCAAGUCCGAGUCGCUAGAAACCGAGACGGCCGACAAGAAGGCCAAGAAGUCGAAAAAGUCCAAGAAGAGCAAGGUAGAGGCUGAGCCAGAGCAGCCUGAGGAGGAGGCGGCCGUCGCAUCAGAAUCCGAGGCCGAGGAAAAGAAGAAGCGCAGGAGCAAGGACAAGAAAGAGAAGAAGGAAAAGAAGGACAAGAAGGACAAGAAGAAGCGACAAGCAUCCGCCACCCCCGAGCCCGAGACCACAACCGAUGCGAUGGACGUCGACACCACUACCUCCUUCCCCACUGACGACGACGCCGACUUUCCCUUCUACACCCAGGUCCACUCGCUCUAUGUGCCCUUCUACCCCUGCGGCUUUGACAAGCCCAUCACCAACGUCGCCGCCCAACACCUCGAACCUCUGCUCAACCACUACUCCCCUGUCCUUCGCGGCGUUCUCCUCCGCUAUACCAACCUGAACCUCUCGGAGCGCCCCGUGCAAGCCUCCGUCAUCAACCCGCCCACCGACAAGACCCCCGCCCUCCUACGUUCGGUUGACGAAUACGCCGUCGGUUUCGCCUACCUGACCUUUGACGCACACAUAUUCAAGCCCGCCCGUGGCAAGUGGAUGGAGGGUGUUGUCCAGCUGCAGUCCGAAGGUCACAUUGGCGUGCAAUGCUGGGGGAGGUUCAACGCCAGUAUCGAGGCCAAGAGGCUGCCGAAGGGGUGGAAGUGGGUAGAUCUCAAGGGCGACCACAAGUCCUACAACCAACAAGAGGAGGAGCAGCAGGAGGAGGAGGAACAACAAGAGGAAGAGGACCAGCUGGAUGGCGAAGAGCUGCAGGUUGUCGAACAAGUGCACACGACCGGCUAUUGGGUCGACGCCUCGGGCAAGAAGGUCUCGGGCAAGGUGCGUUUCAGAAUCAAGAACUUUGACGUCGGUCUCGCCGGCGAUUACGGCUACCUCUCGCUCGAAGGCACAUUCCUCAACGACCAAGACGAGCGCGCCCUGCAAAAGGAGGAGCGCGAGCUGGAGCGCAAGCGCCGCUCGAGGCAGAACCCCGGCGGUCUCCUCAGGCCAAUGAGCAGGAGGGUGCCCGAGUUCAGCAUGACCAAGUUCGGCAAGGAGGAGGAGGAAGAGGAUGCGGGCCAGAGGACCGUGUUUGCAAAGGUGACGGGCAAGGAGGGAGAUGUUACGCCGGAUGAUUAGGUGUGGUCAGGCCUUACGUGCUCGGGGUCGUCGCCGGUUAAGCAACCAAGGGGAAGCAGUCAAAGAAGUAGCCCGAUGACGCCGAGGAGUCCGGGGUUUCGGUAGUGCCUGAGACCUUUUAUCGUGGAGGCUGAGGUUGAUGCCGAGACCGAGGCCCUAUGGAAGUGGACCAGGUUAUGCCAACCAGUGGAUGUGGAUGUGGGCAUAUAAUUUCAUGUGUUUCUCUCU